AUGGCCUUCUCGUUUUGCGGCGACGACCAGUCGUUCAACUCCUACAGCGUGAAGGGGGGCGUGCUCAACAACGGCUGCUUCGUGGACGCCCUCAACCUGGUUCCCCACGUCUUCCUGCUCUUCAUCACCUUCCCCAUCCUCUUCAUCGGUUGGGGCAGCCAGAGCUCCAAGGUCCAGAUCCAUCACAACACAUGGCUUCAUUUCCCCGGCCACAACAUGAGAUGGAUCCUCACCUUCUCGCUGCUCUUCGUCCACGUCUGCGAGUUCGCCGAGGGCAUCGUCUCCAACAAGAUGAUGGGUACCAACCACCUCCAUCUCUUCAUGCCGGCCUUCAUGGGCUUCAUAGCAGCCACGACAUCAGUGGUUUACUACCACAACAUAGAGACGUCCAACUUCCCCAAACUGCUGCUUGUGCUGUUCGUCUACUGGGUGUUGGCGUUCGUCACAAAGUCCAUCAAGCUGUGGAAGUUUGCGGCGUACAACGUGGGACCUCAGCACCUGAGGUUCUGCAUCACCGCCCUGCUAGUGGUGCUGUACGGACUGCUGAUGGGCGUGGAGGUCAACGUCAUAAGAGUCAGGAAGUACGUGUUCUUUGCCAACCCCCAAAAGGUGAAACCUCCAGAGGAUUUGCAGGAUUUGGGGGUUCGCUUUCUGCAGCCGUUUGUCAACCUGCUGUCCAAGGCGACGUAUUGGUGGAUGAAUCCUCUCAUCAUGGGAGCCCAUAAGAGGCCCAUCGAGCUGAAGAAGAUCGGCAAGCUGCCCAUCGCCAUGCGAGCCAUCACCAACUACCUCCGGCUCAAAGACGCCUACGAGGACCAGAGGACGCCGGAGGAUCCGAACCGCGCCCCGUCCAUCUGGCGCUCCAUGUAUCGAGCGUUCGGUCGUCCCAUCCUGCUGAGCAGCACCUUCCGCUACCUGGCCGACCUGCUGGGCUUCGCCGGGCCGCUCUGCAUCUCCGGCAUCGUGAAGUACCACGGAGUGAACGCCACGAACUCAACGGCCGGCGACAAACAUUUCGGCGUGCACUUCAUGUCGUCCACCGAGCUGCUGCAGGACACCUCCGUCCUCGCCGUGCUCCUCUUCCUGGCGCUGGUCCUGCAGAGGACCUUCCUGCAGGCCUCGUACUACGUAACCAUAGAAACCGGCAUCAACCUGCGGGGAGCCCUGCUGGCGAUGAUCUACAACAAGAUGCUGCGCCUGUCCACCUCCAACAUGUCGAUGGGCGAGAUGACGCUGGGGCAGAUCAACAACCUGGUCGCCAUCGAGACCAACCAGCUGAUGUGGUUCCUCUUCCUCUGCCCCAACCUGUGGGCCAUGCCCGUGCAGAUCGUGAUGGGAGUGAUCCUGCUCUACUACCUGUUGGGCUGGAGCGCGUUGGUGGGAGCGUCCGUCAUCGUGCUGCUGGCGCCGGUCCAGUACCUCAUCGCCACGAAGCUGGCGGACACACAGAAAAGCUCACUGGAACACUCCACGGACCGUCUGAAAAAGACCUCGGAGAUCCUGAAGGGCAUCAAGCUGCUGAAGCUGUACGCCUGGGAGAACAUCUUCUGCGACAGCGUGGAGGACACCAGAGGCAAAGAGCUCACCAGCCUCAGGACCUUCGCUUUCUUCACCUCCAUGUCGAUCUUCAUGAAUGCCGCCAUCCCCAUCGCCGCCGUUCUCGCGACGUUUGUGACGCACCACUUCCUGCAUAAAACCGGUCCCACUCCCUCUGAGGCCUUCGCAGCUCUGGCCUUGUUCCACAUCCUGGUCACCCCUCUCUUCCUGCUCUCCACGGUGGUCCGAUUCGCCGUCAAGGCGCUGGUCAGUGUCCAGAAGCUCGGCGAGUUCCUGCAGAGCGACGAAAUCGGAGACGACAGCUGGAGGAAUGGAGACAUGUCCGUUUCCAUGGAAGCAGGAAAAAAAAACCUGGGUGGGACCAAAGCCAUCAACAGGAAGCAGCCGAUGCGCUACCAGAUGGACAACUACGAGCAGCCGACCAGGCGACAGCUGAGACCCACGGAGACGGAGGAUGUGGCCGUGAAGGUGAGCAACGGAUUCUUCACCUGGGGAAGCAACCUGUCCACGCUGUCAGACAUCAACAUCCGCAUCCCCACAGGUCAGCUGACGAUGAUCGUGGGCCAGGUGGGUUGUGGGAAAUCCUCCCUGCUGCUGGCCAUGCUCGGCGAGAUGCAGACCAUCGACGGAAGAGUCUACUGGAGCAAUACUCCUUCUCUAAAGCUUUAUGAAGACAGGACUUGUCGCACUCAUUUCUCUGUUUGCCUCCAUUUCCCAUGAUGCACCAGUAAGAACAGGUACUCCGUGGCCUACGCUACCCAGAAGUCCUGGCUGCUCAACGCCACAGUGGAGGAAAACAUCACCUUUGGGAGCUCGUUCAAUAAGCAGAGGUACAAGGCCGUGAUCGACGCCUGCUCUCUGCAGCCGGACAUCGACCUGCUGCCCUUCGGAGACCAGACCGAGAUCGGAGAGAGGGGCAUCAACCUGAGCGGAGGCCAGAGACAGAGGAUCUGCGUGGCCAGAGCUCUCUACCAGAACACCAACAUCGUCUUCUUGGACGAUCCCUUCUCAGCGCUGGACAUCCACCUCAGUGAUCACCUGAUGCAGGAGGGAAUCCUCAAGUUCCUGCAGGAUGAUAAACGGACCGUCGUCCUGGUGACCCAUAAACUGCAGUACCUCAUACAUGCAGACUGGAUUAUAGCGAUGAAGGACGGUUCUGUGCUGAGAGAAGGAACCCUGAAGGACAUUCAGACUCACGACAUCGAGCUUUACGAUCACUGGAAGACCCUGAUGAACAGACAGGACCACGGCCUGGAGAAGGACGUACAGCAGGACAGUCAAACCACACUAGAGCGGAAAACACUGAGGAGAGCGUUCUACUCCAGAGAGGCCAAGAACCAGAUGGACGAUGAGGACGAAGAGGAAGAAGAGGAGGAAGAAGAUGAUGACAACAUGUCAACAACCACGAACAGAAGAUCAAAGAUCCCGUGGAGGGUGUGCUGGUGUUACCUGUCCUCUGGUGGCUUCUUCAUGGUCUUCCUCAUGGUGUCCUCUAAGCUUCUCAAGCACUCUGUCAUUGUUGCCAUUGACUACUGGUUGGCAAUCUGGACUUCCUCCAAAACCAGUCAGUUCAAUGGAACCAGUCUGGCUGACGGUCCGUCCCACGACUCCCCCUACCUGACGGUGUUCAUCGUCUUGUGUGCGGCCGGCAUCACGUUGUGCCUCAUCACCUCCCUCACGGUGGAGUUUCUGGGUCUCUCUGCAGCCACCAACCUGCACCACAACCUGCUCAACAAGAUCAUCCACGCUCCCAUCAGGUUCUUUGACAUCACUCCUCUGGGGCAGAUCCUCAACAGGUUCUCGGCGGACACCAACAUCAUCGACCAGCACAUCCCUCCCACACUGGAGUCCCUGACGAGGUCCACGCUGCUCUGCUUGUCGGCCAUCGGGGUCAUUUCCUCCAUCACCCCGGGCUUCCUCCUCACCUUGGUUCCCCUGGCGGUGGCCUUCUACUUCAUCCAGAAGUACUUCCGGGUGGCCUCGAAGGACCUCCAGGAUCUGGAUGACUCCACACAGCUUCCUCUGCUCUGCCACUUCUCUGAGACCGCUGAAGGUCUCACCACGAUAAGAGCAUUCAGGCACGAGGCUCGGUUCAAACAGCGCAUGCUGGAGCUCACGGACACCAACAACACCGCCUACCUGUUCCUGUCCGCCGCCAACCGCUGGCUGGAGGUCCGCACGGAUUACCUGGGGGCAGUGAUCGUGCUGACGGCAGCGGGAGCCUCCAUAUGGGGUCACAACAUCGGGUUGCCUUCCGGAGGCCUCGUGGGCCUCGCGCUCACCUACGCCCUCACGGUCACCAACUACCUGAACUGGGUUGUGAGGAACCUGGCAGACCUGGAGGUCCAGAUGGCGGCCGUGAAGAAGGUCAACAGCUUCCUGGGCACCGAGUCGGAGAACUACGAGGGAACGAUGGACGCCUCUCAGGUGCCUGAGAACUGGCCCCAGAACGGCGAGAUCAAGAUCCAGGACCUGUGCGUGCGCUACGACCCGGUCCUGAAGCCGGUGCUGAAGCACGUCAACAUGUUCAUCGAGCCGGGCCAGAAGGUGGGGAUCUGCGGCCGCACCGGCAGCGGGAAGUCCUCCCUGUCGCUGGCCUUCUUCAACAUGGUGGACAUCUUUGAAGGGAAGAUCGUCAUCGACGGGAUCGACAUCUGCAAGCUCCCUCUGCAGACGCUCCGGUCCAGACUCUCCAUCAUCCUGCAGGACCCCGUGUUGUUCAGCGGAUCCAUCAGGUUUAAUCUCGACCCUGAGAGGACGUGCACCGACGAUCGCCUCUGGGAGGCGCUGGAGAUCGCCCAGUUGAAGAACAUGGUGAAGGCGCUGCCCGGAGGACUCGACGCCGUCGUGACCGAAGGAGGAGAGAACUUCAGCCUCGGUCAGCGGCAGCUCUUCUGUCUGGCUCGAGCCUUCGUGAGGAAGAGCAGCAUCCUCAUCAUGGACGAGGCCACGGCCUCCAUCGACAUGGCAACGGAGAACAUCCUACAGAAAGUCGUGAUGACGGCGUUCGCGGACCGAACGGUGGUCACGAUCGCGCACCGCGUUCACACCAUCCUGACGGCCGAUCUGGUCAUCGUGAUGAAGCGAGGGAACAUUCUGGAGUACGACAAACCCGAGACCCUCCUGGAGCAGGAAGACGGGAUGUUCGCUUCCUUCGUCAGGGCCGACAUGUAGACGGCUUCUCUCUCUUCUUCUUCUUCUUCUUCUUCUUCUUCUU